AUGUCUGGCACCAGCAGCCCCGAGGCGGUUAAGAAGCUGCUGGAGAAUAUGCAGAGCGACUUGCGGGCCCUGUCCCUGGAAUGCAAGAAGAAAUUCCCACCGGUCAAGGAGGCUGCUGAAUCAGGAAUAAUAAAAGUUAAAACAAUAGCUGCACGAAACACCGAAAUUUUGGCAGCAUUGAAGGAGAACAGCUCAGAGGUUGUUCAGCCUUUUCUAAUGGGUUGUGGAACCAAGGAACCAAAGAUCACUCAACUAUGUUUGGCUGCCAUUCAGAGACUCAUGUCCCAUGAAGUGGUAUCUGAGACUGCAGCUGGAAAUAUAAUUAACAUGCUUUGGCAGCUAAUGGAAAAUAGUCUUGAAGAACUUAAGCUGCUUCAAACAGUUCUUGUUCUUUUAACAACCAAUACAGUAGUUCAUGAUGAGGCACUCUCUAAGGCAAUUGUUCUUUGUUUUCGGCUACAUUUCACAAAAGAUAAUAUUACAAACAAUACAGCUGCUGCUACAGUGCGACAAGUUGUUACUGUUGUUUUUGAGAGGAUGGUUGCCGAAGAUGAACGACACCGAGAUAUUACAGACCAACCAGUACUAGUCCAAGGAAAUAGUAACAGAAGAUCUGUCAGUACCCUCAAACCUUGUGCUAAAGAUGCAUAUAUGCUUUUCCAGGACCUUUGUCAGUUGGUUAAUGCUGAUGCCCCUUACUGGCUAAUAGGUAUGACAGAAAUGACCCGAACAUUUGGCCUUGAAUUACUUGAAUCAGUCCUGAAUGAUUUUCCACAAGUCUUUUUACAACAUCAGGAAUUUAGUUUCCUCCUCAAAGAAAGAGUAUGUCCUCUUGUGAUAAAGCUCUUUUCUCCAAAUAUAAAAUUCAGACAAGGUUCCAGCACUUCAUCUUCUCCAGCACCAGUUGAAAAACCAUAUUUUCCUAUCUGCAUGCGUUUGCUGAGAGUAGUAUCUGUUCUGAUUAAGCAGUUUUACAGUCUUUUGGUAACUGAAUGUGAAAUAUUUCUGUCACUUCUGGUGAAAUUUCUGGAUGCAGAUAAACCACAGUGGCUACGAGCUGUUGCAGUGGAAUCAAUACAUAGACUUUGUGUGCAGCCUCAGUUGUUGAGGUCAUUUUGUCAGUCCUAUGAUAUGAAACAGCAUUCUACCAAGGUUUUUCGUGAUAUUGUGAAUGCACUGGGAUCUUUUAUCCAGUCCUUGUUUCUUGUCCCUCCUACCGGAAAUCCUGCUGCAACAAAUCAAGCUGGUAACAAUAAUUCAGGUGGCCCUGUCUCAGCACCAGCUAACUCAGGAAUGUUGGGGAUUGGUGGAGGUGUUACUUUGCUACCAGCAUUUGAAUAUAGAGGAACUUGGAUACCUAUUCUGACUGUAACAGUACAAGGCAGUGCUAAAGCAACGUACCUAGAGAUGUUGGACAAAGUUGAGCCCCCAACUAUACCAGAGGGUUAUGCUAUGUCCGUGGCAUUCCAUUGUUUGCUAGACCUUGUACGUGGAAUCACUAGUAUGAUUGAAGGAGAGUUAGGAGAAGUUGAAACAGAAUGUCAGACUACUACCACUGAAGCAGUUUCUUCGCCUACACAGUCAUCAGAACAGCAAGAAUUACAGUCGACAUCAGACCAGAUGGAUAAAGAAAUAGUUAGUAGAGCUGUUUGGGAAGAAAUGGUGAAUGCCUGCUGGUGUGGUCUACUCGCUGCACUGUCACUCCUUCUUGAUGCCAGCACAGAUGAAGCUGCUACUGAGAAUAUUUUGAAAGCUGAACUGACCAUGGCUGCUCUUUGUGGAAGACUGGGCCUUGUAACUUCAAGAGAUGCUUUUAUAACUGCAAUAUGCAAAGGUUCCCUGCCUCCCCAUUAUGCUCUUACUGUAUUGAAUACCACCACUGCAGCCACACUUUCGAACAAAUCAUAUUCCAUCCAGGGCCAGAGUGUUAUGAUGAUCAGUCCAUCAAGUGAAUCACACCAGCAAGUUGUAGCAGUGGGUCAACCACUAGCAGUCCAGCCUCAAGGGACAGUAAUGCUGACUUCCAAAAAUAUCCAGUGUAUGAGGACUUUACUUAACUUGGCACACUGCCAUGGGGCUGUUCUUGGGACAUCAUGGCAACUUGUCUUGGCAACUUUACAGCAUCUUGUAUGGAUUCUGGGAUUAAAGCCUAGUAGUGGUGGUGCCUUGAAACCUGGGAGAGCUGUUGAAGGGCCCAGUACAGUUCUAACAACAGCAGUGAUGACAGAUUUACCAGUGAUUUCCAAUAUACUUUCAAGACUGUUUGAAAGCUCACAGUAUCUUGAUGACGUAUCAUUGCACCAUUUAAUAAAUGCACUUUGUUCCUUAUCCUUAGAAGCCAUGGAUAUGGCCUAUGGAAAUAAUAAGGAACCAUCUCUUUUUGCUGUUGCCAAAUUGUUAGAAACUGGUCUAGUUAACAUGCACCGAAUAGAAAUUCUAUGGAGACCUCUAACUGGCCAUCUACUUGAGAAGGUGUGCCAGCAUCCAAACUCUCGAAUGAGAGAAUGGGGAGCAGAAGCCUUAACUUCACUUAUUAAAGCAGGAUUAACAUUUAACCAUGAUCCUCCACUUUCACAAAACCAGAGGCUGCAAUUGCUUUUAUUGAACCCAUUAAAGGAGAUGUCCAAUAUUAAUCAUCCAGAUAUACGACUCAAGCAAUUAGAGUGUGUGCUGCAGAUUCUUCAGAGUCAAGGAGACAGUCUUGGACCUGGAUGGCCAUUAGUGCUGGGAGUUAUGGGAGCGAUCAGAAAUGAUCAAGGAGAAUCCUUGAUACGAACAGCAUUCCAGUGUCUUCAGUUGGUUGUGACAGAUUUUCUACCAACAAUGCCUUGCACUUGCCUGCAAAUAGUUGUAGAUGUUGCAGGUAGCUUUGGACUUCAUAACCAAGAACUUAAUAUUAGUUUAACUUCAAUAGGUUUAUUGUGGAAUAUUUCAGAUUAUUUUUUUCAAAGAGGAGAAACUAUUGAAAAGGAAUUAAAUAAAGAAGAGGCAGCACAACAAAAGCAGGCAGAAGAAAAAGGAGUGGUUUUGAAUCGGCCAUUCCACCCUGCACCGCCGUUUGACUGCUUGUGGUUGUGUCUUUAUGCAAAAUUGGGUGAACUAUGUGUAGACCCCCGUCCUGCUGUCCGGAAGAGUGCAGGGCAAACUCUGUUUUCAACAAUUGGUGCACAUGGAACUUUAUUACAGCACUCUACGUGGCACACUGUUAUUUGGAAGGUUCUCUUUCAUCUGCUGGACCGAGUUAGAGAGUCUUCUACCACUGCAGACAAAGAAAAGAUUGAGUCUGGAGGUGGCAAUAUUCUCAUUCAUCAUUCAAGGGACACAGCAGAGAAGCAGUGGGCUGAGACAUGGGUUUUAACGUUGGCCGGAGUUGCAAGAAUCUUCAACACCAGAAGAUAUUUACUUCAACCUUUAGGAGAUUUUUCAAGAGCAUGGGAUGUUCUUCUUGACCAUAUACAAUCAGCAGCACUCAGCAAAAACAAUGAAGUAUCUCUGGCUGCACUGAAAAGCUUCCAGGAAAUUUUACAGAUUGUAUCCCCUGCCAGAGACUCAGAUAAGCCUGAGACACCACCUGCAGUUAAUGUCCCUGUGCCUGUCCUUUUAGGGCCUAUAUCGGGCCCGAGCCUGAACAGGCCAUUUGUAAGAACAGAUUCCAUUGGAGAAAGACUUGGGAGAUAUAGCAGCUCUGAGCCACCCGUAGUUACUGAUGAGCUUGAAGAUUUGAAUCUCUGGUGGGCUGCGUGGAAUACCUGGUACAGAAUUGGAUCUGAAAGCACCAAGCCUCCUACUACAUUUGAUAAACUAACUUUCAUUCCCAGCCAGCCUUUUCUUACAGCUUUAAUUCAGAUAUUUCCAGCUCUCUACCAACACAUAAAAACUGGUUUCAACAUGGAUGACUUGCAGAAGUUGGGAGUCAUAUUGCACAGUGCUGUUUCAGUCCCAAUAAGUUCAGAUGCCUCCCCUUUCAUUCUUCCCUCUUACACUGAAGCAGUUUUGACAAGUUUACAGGAAGCUGUACUUACAGCUCUAGAUGUUCUCCAAAAGGCCAUCUGUGUAGGACCAGAAAGCAUGCAGAUAAUGUAUCCUGCUAUAUUUGACCAGUUACUGGCAUUUGUAGAAUUUUCAUGUAAACCUCCACAGUAUGGACAGCUGGAAACAAAACACAUUGCAAAUGCAAAAUAUAAUCAGAUCCAACUAUUUGCACCGGCGGAAUGGGUUGCCUUGAAUUAUGUACCAUUUGCUGAAAGGUCUUUAGACGUAGUUGUGGAUUUAUAUCAAAAAACAGCCUGUCACAAAGCAGUGGUGAAUGAGAAAGUACUCCAGAAUAUUAUUAAGACUCUUAGAGUUCCCCUCAGCUUGAAGUAUUCCUGCCCUUCUGAAAGCACUUGGAAACUAGCAGUAUCUUCUCUCCUCAAAGUUCUUUCUAUUGGGCUACCUGUUGCCCGACAACAUGCUUCUUCGGGAAAAUUUGACAGUAUGUGGCCAGAACUAGCCAACACCUUUGAAGACUUUCUCUUUACUAAAAGCAUACCUCCAGAUAACCUCUCUAUUCAAGAAUUUCAAAGAAAUGAAAGUAUUGAUGUUGAGGUAGUUCAGCUUAUCAGCACUGAGAUACUACCUUAUGCCAAUUUUAUUCCUAAGGAAUUUGUUGGUCAGAUAAUGACUAUGCUUAAUAAAGGAUCAAUACAUUCUCAGUCCUCUUCAUUUACAGAAGCAGAGAUUGAUAUUCGUUUGAGAGAAGAAUUUUCUAAAAUGUGUUUUGAAACCCUGCUUCAGUUUUCCUUCAGUAAUAAAGUCACAACACCUCAAGAAGGCUACAUCUCACGAAUGGCACUCUCAGUGCUUCUUAAGAGGUCUCAGGAUGUACUACAUCGUUACAUAGAGGAUGAAAGAUUAAGUGGCAAGUGCCCUCUCCCAAGGCAACAAGUAACAGAAAUCAUAUUUGUUUUAAAAGCAGUCAGUACUCUCAUUGAUUCACUUAAGAAGACUAAGCCUGAGAAUGUUGAUGGAAAUACCUGGGCGCAAGUAAUUGCCUUAUACCCAACUCUAGUGGAAUGCAUCACCUGCUCAUCUUCCGAAGUCUGUUCUGCCCUGAAAGAGGCACUAGUUCCUUUUAAGGAUUUCAUGCAGCCACCAACAUCCAAAGUUCAAAAUGGAGAAUCUUGAGCAGCUACUCUAAAUUUACGGAAGAAUGAUACAUGAAAAAUCUUUGCUCCUCAGUGAAUCUUCUGUGAGAAGGACGUUUCUUACUACAAAUAAUUCUUGGCAGCUGUUGUUGGCCUCCUUUAAAUUGUACUUACCUGAGUUACGUAAUUCAUAUUACAAGCUUAUACGUUAACAAAGGCUCCUGAAUGAGUAGCAGAGCAAGCCUUUAAUAAACUGAUGGGAGGAAUGGUUAAUUCUACAACGUACCUGCUACCGUAUCUUCAACUGGUGAUUUAAAAGUGAGCUUAUGUACAGUUUGUGGUGUAUGUGUUAAUGAUGUACUUUUUAAAAAGAAAGAAAAGAUACUUCAUUUAAUCAGAUUUAUUAGGCUGGUGUUUUUGCGCCCUUUUUCUAGUACAAAAUUGUACUAAAAUUUUAUGCAAGAUGGUACUGUAACAUUCCAUUUUGUCUAUAACCAGCCUUUGUAAACAAAGGGAACUGAUCAACUUGUGUGUAUAAUA